AUGGGGCGCCGCAAGCGCGAUGAUGGCGACGACAGAGCCCACCUCAAGAUGUGCCUUGCCCUGGGGGUGACUCCUGGUGACGAAAGCCACGACCUCGACUGCCUCAGGCCACCCAAGAAAGCCAAGCGCAGGCAGCUCGCCGAGCCGCGGCCGCCGGGCGCAAGCGCGGACGAGCCCGACAAGCGGCUUGGGCCCGACGGCUCAAUAGUCAG